AGAAUGUCAUACAUACACAAACGCUCCCGUCUGAUGUGAUAUUCAUGAUAUUUCAUCAAACAUUGUUUGCGUCAUUAAAACAUUAAUAGUCGCGUCAGUUUGAAGCUUCGGACACUGCGGAAUAAACGAGGAAGAUGAGAUGAAGUGAAACGUGCCUGAGUCACAGCCGGGAUGUUUUAAUGUGUAAUAUAAGAGGUUUCCAUCAUGUCCGACCCGGUUCAGACCACCUCUGACAGUCUGAGUAAACUCGUGCGCUGGGCUCACAGCCACGGCACCAUCUGCAGCCUCAUCCCCAGCCUGCAGCACUUCACCUCUGCUUCUAAUGGUAAUCUGCUGACAUCAGAACCUGGUCCCAAUGCCAGCAGCGUUCCUGUCGCCGUGUGGGGUUGUGGAGCUGGACAUGCCUACCACUGGCCCCUCAGUGACCAUAGCAACGGCUGCGGAGGCUCAGCCAAUACCAGCCAGAGCCAGGAGAGGUUUGUUGGAGGGCGUGCGUACAAUAAGGUGACAGUGAGGUCAUCGUGUGACCUCUCCUGUAGCGAAGCAGCAUCAGAGAUGGAGGACUUCAGCAGCCAGCUCUUUGACAUUGCUGGAUGCGAUUCGUCGGCCACAGACGAUGAUGCAGACUACGAGCCCCCCCCACCCAGAAAAAGAGGCGGCACAUCAUUAGGAGCAGUUUUCGAGAAGAAGAUCAAGCAGGAAGCAACCUCUGCAGAGGAUAAUGUCACUGCUGCUAACGUGACUAGCACGGCACUGGCAGUGACCGAGGCUGUCUAUGCUUCACAGGCUUUUCAGGCACCAAAGCCACUGUCUCCAGACAAGCUCCUCCCACCCUGCCCUCAGCUCCAGAAUGGACACGAUCCGGGGUGUGAGGCAGCGGUGGACCCAAAGAUGGAGCAGCUCGGAGGCAGCUGUGUGACAGGGACCACGGAGCAUGCAGAGAGUUGCAGCUCCGUCUCAGAGACUACAGAGAAUACUGCAGGGGGUCAGGAUGAGCUGGAGAAGCUGCAGGCGUUACUGAGUGCAGAGCGCAGCCGUAACCAGCAGAUGACGGAGAUCAUCUCCAGUCUGAGGCAGGACAAAGAGCUGCUGCAGCAAGAGCUUACGAAGAAAGCCGAACUCAUCUGUGACUUCCUGCAGGACAAAAUGCGGCCAGUUCUAGAUAAGAGGAGGCCCUGCUGGUCUAGUCAAAACGAACCAGGAAGUUCACGCAUGCCGUCUUCUGACGAUGUGGCAGCAGUCGAUUCGCCGACAAUGUUUGACUCAUUUGAGGACAUGGAGCUUCACCCUCUGAACCACCACACGCUGAAGAGCAAGAGGAUUCGGGACGGAGAAAACCCCCGAGUCAGGAUGAAAAACGUGGCGGGUGUGAUAGCACGCUACAUGGCAGCCCUCCAGGAGUUUCGCCGCAGUGUUUCAAUGAAGGUGGCCUUUGACCGUGUCAGUGUGGACCGCAACACGAUCGCCCGUACGGCGUCCAUAGCUGAGCUCAGCCUGGCUGCUCCAGAGGUCUUUCAUGCUCUGACACCGUGGGAUGAGAAAGAGGAGACGCUGGCGCAUUAUGCCCACCGCUGCCGACAGGCCAUGGAUGAUAACAUCAAGGCCAAGAUCAAAACCAUGAAAACAAAAGGUGAACUGCUGCCCAUUGUGUCAAAAUGACGGUAACGGUAACAGACUGACCGGAUCAGAGGCUCAUCAUACACACUUCUCAGGCAUAGAAAAAGGAAAGCCCACCCUUGGAUUCUCUGAUUAUACUGUUCGAUACUGCACCAUCAGGUCCUCAACUUAUUCCAGAAAUGAUAUUGCAAGGUUGUUGUAAUUUUCUUUUUCACAAACUUGUGUACUUCUGAUCAUCAUGUGGGUGCACUACACUCUGGCCACAUUGCUGCUUCUGUGGGUGUAAACUUUCUACCUUCUAUCCAGUGGAUUUCUCCUUGAAUGGUUGUAAAACAUUAAAAUUGUGACAGAAAGAAUUGUGAAUUGUGAUAGAAAGAACAAGUCCUUGAUCUUAGAUUCUACUGGGACGAUCACUCAAAACUGCAGUCAUAGUAGCUCAGAGUUCAUUAUAACCAAGUUCCAACUUCUGAAAUAAGUAAUUAAAAUGAAAUAAAACUGAUAUACAAUGACAUACAAUAA